AUGUGGUGGACAUCGCCCACCCGUCCCGGGAUCCGCUAUGGGUCUGGGCCGCCCAUCCCAGGACACGUGGCAGACAUUACCCAUACGUCUCGGGACCCGCGAUGGGGCUGGCAUGCCCAUCUCGAGACCUGCGUGGGACCCAUCCCAGGACAUGUGGCGGACAUCGGCCCCCAUCCCAAGACCUGCAACGGGCCUGGCCUGCCCGUCCCGGGACAUAUGGUGGACAUCGCCCUCCCAUCCCAGGAUAUGUGGCAGACAUCGUCCACCCGUCCCGGGACAAGUGGCGGACAUCGCCUGCCCGUCCCAGGAUACGUGGCAGACAUCGUCCACCCAUCCUGGGACCCGUGGCGGGACCGGCCUGCCCGUCCCGGGACACGUGGCGGACAUCGCCCGCCCGUCCCAGGAUACGUGGCAGACAUCGUCCCACCCAUUCCUGGGAACCCGUGGCAGGGACGGCCUGCCCGUCCCGGGACACGUGGUGGACAUCGCCCUCCUCCCUCCCGGGGACACGUGACGGACAUCGCCUGCCUGUCCCAGGAUACGUGGCAGACAUCGUCCACCCGUGGCGGGACCGGCCUGCCCGUCCCAGGACACGUGGCGGACAUCGCCCUCCCCUUCCGGGACACGUGGCGGACAUUGCCUGCCUGUCCCGGCACACGUGGCGGACAUCGCCUGCCCAUCCCAGGACCCGUGGCAGACAUUGCCUGUCCAUCCCAGGACCCAUGGCGGGACCAGCCCGCCCUUCCUGGGACAUAUGGCGGAUACUGCCCUCCGGUCUUGGGACACAUGGCGGACAUCACCUGCCUGUUCCGGCACGUGGCGGACAUCAACACCCACGUCCCAGGACCCGUGGCGGCCCCGGGCUGCCCGUCCCGGGACCAGCGAUGGGCCCUGCCCGCCCAUCCUGAGAUACGCGGCGGACAUCACCCACCCGUCCCAGGACCCACAGCGGGCGCGGCCCGCCCGUCCCAGGACACGUGGCAGACAUCGCCCUCCCAUCCCAGGACUCAUGGCGAGCCAUGCCUGCCCGUCCCGGGACACGUGGUGGAUAUCACCCACCCGUCCCAGGACCCACGGUGGGCCUUGCCUCGCACCAGUCCCUGCAGAGAGCAACACCUAUACUAUUCUUUAGAACCAGAAUAUGCCACUGAAUCCUCUCAGUUCUCCUGGGCCUUCUCUGAAUCCUCAAGUUCUUGUCUUGGCACCUUUACGAAUCCUACUCAAUUCUCUCAUCUCCAAUGGCUUUUCUGA